CACACUUGCAGCGCGCAACCGCAGGACGGAGAAGACAUGUCCUUUCUGAGUCGCCGUAGAUCCUAGGUGGCUCCGGCUCCGGUCGUCUCUCCACCCCCUUCCACGUCAGCCAAGGACUCCGGCUCCGUCGCCGCUGCAGCUGGUGGGAACAGAGGUAGACGGUUCUGGGGUUUCCCCAGCCGCUGCCCCUCGAAGCAAGAUUUCCUGGCAUCUGUCAUCCUAAAUCUUGUAUCAGGGGAUUGACUAUAACCAGAAACCAUGACGGCAGCUGAGAACGUGUGCUAUACGUUAAUUAACGUGCCAAUGGAUUCAGAACCACCGUCUGAAAUUAGCUUAAAAAAUGACCUAGAAAAAGGAGAUGUGAAAUCAAAGACUGAAGCUUUGAAGAAAGUAAUCAUUAUGAUCCUGAAUGGUGAAAAGCUUCCUGGACUUCUGAUGACCAUCAUUCGUUUUGUGCUACCUCUUCAGGAUCACACCAUCAAAAAAUUGCUUCUGGUAUUUUGGGAAAUUGUUCCUAAAACAACUCCAGAUGGGAGACUUUUACAUGAAAUGAUUCUUGUGUGUGAUGCUUACAGAAAGGAUCUUCAGCAUCCUAAUGAAUUUAUUCGAGGAUCUACUCUUCGUUUUCUUUGCAAAUUGAAAGAAGCAGAAUUGCUAGAACCUUUAAUGCCAGCUAUCCGCGCUUGCUUGGAACAUCGACACAGCUAUGUUAGAAGAAAUGCUGUUUUAGCCAUCUAUACUAUCUAUAGAAAUUUCGAACAUCUUAUACCUGAUGCUCCUGAGCUGAUACAUGAUUUUCUGGUGAAUGAGAAGGAUGCAAGUUGCAAAAGGAAUGCAUUUAUGAUGCUAAUCCAUGCAGAUCAGGAUCGUGCUUUGGAUUACCUGAGUACUUGUAUUGAUCAAGUUCAAACCUUUGGAGACAUUCUGCAGUUGGUUAUUGUUGAACUAAUUUAUAAAGUCUGUCAUGCUAAUCCUUCAGAAAGGGCUCGUUUCAUUCGCUGCAUCUAUAACUUACUGCAGUCAUCUAGCCCAGCUGUGAAAUAUGAAGCUGCUGGGACAUUAGUAACACUUUCAAGUGCACCGACUGCAAUCAAGGCUGCUGCUCAGUGUUACAUUGAUUUAAUCAUAAAGGAAAGUGACAAUAAUGUAAAGCUCAUAGUUCUGGAUCGAUUGGUAGAAUUAAAAGAACAUCCUCCUCAUGAACGAGUCCUCCAGGAUCUGGUAAUGGACAUCCUAAGAGUAUUGAGUACACCAGACUUAGAAGUACGCAAGAAAACUCUGCAGUUAGCACUGGAUCUUGUCUCUUCUAGGAAUGUUGAAGAGCUGGUUAUUGUCUUGAAGAAGGAAGUGAUUAAAACAAAUAAUGUGUCUGAGCAUGAAGACACUGACAAAUACAGACAACUCCUUGUACGAACAUUACAUUCCUGUUCUGUCCGGUUUCCAGAUAUGGCUGGAAAUGUUAUUCCUGUGUUAAUGGAGUUUCUCAGUGACAGUAACGAAGCGGCAGCUGCUGAUGUCUUGGAAUUUGUUCGAGAAGCCAUUCAGCGCUUUGAUAACCUGAGAAUGCUGAUUGUUGAGAAGAUGCUUGAAGUCUUUCAUGCUAUUAAAUCUGUCAAGAUCUAUCGCGGAGCAUUAUGGAUCCUGGGAGAAUACUGUAGUACCAAGGAAGACAUUCAGAGUGUGAUGACUGAAGUCCGCAGGUCGCUGGGGGAGAUCCCAAUUGUGGAGUCAGAAAUAAAGAAAGAAGCUGGUGAUUUAAAACCUGAAGAGGAAAUAACUGUGGGGCCGGUUCAGAAAUUGGUUACUGAAAUGGGUACCUAUGCAACUCAGAGUGCCCUCAGCAGUUCUAGACCCACCAAGAAGGAGGAAGACAGACCUCCCCUGAGAGGAUUUCUUCUGGAUGGAGAUUUUUUUGUUGCUGCUUCUCUUGCCACAACUCUGACCAAGAUUGCAUUGCGCUAUGUAGCUUUGGUUCAGGAGAAGAAAAAGCAAAAUUCUUUUGUUGCUGAGGCUAUGUUGCUCAUGGCAACUGUCCUUCAUUUGGGAAAAUCUUCUCUUCCUAAGAAGCCAAUUACAGAUGAUGAUGUAGACCGAAUUUCCCUGUGCCUCAAGGUCUUGUCCGAAUGUUCGCCUUUAAUGAAUGACAUUUUCAAUAAGGAAUGCAGACAGUCUCUUUCUCAAAUGUUAUCUGCCAAACUUGAAGAAGAGAAACUAUCCCAAAAGAAAGAAUCUGAAAAGAGGAAUGUGACAGUACAGCCUGAUGACCCCAUUUCCUUCAUGCAACUAACUGCUAAGAAUGAAAUGAACUGCAAGGAAGAUCAGUUUCAGCUGAGUUUGUUGGCAGCAAUGGGUAACACUCAGAGGAAAGAGGCAGCAGAUCCCCUAGCGUCUAAACUUAACAAGGUCACCCAGUUGACCGGUUUCUCAGAUCCUGUGUAUGCAGAAGCUUACGUUCAUGUCAACCAAUAUGAUAUUGUCCUGGACGUACUUGUUGUGAACCAAACCAGUGAUACUUUGCAGAACUGCACAUUGGAGUUAGCUACUCUAGGGGAUCUGAAACUUGUGGAAAAGCCAUCUCCUUUGACUCUUGCUCCUCAUGAUUUUGCAAAUAUUAAAGCUAAUGUCAAAGUAGCAUCAACAGAAAAUGGAAUAAUUUUUGGUAAUAUAGUUUAUGAUGUCUCUGGAGCAGCAAGUGACAGAAAUUGUGUGGUCCUCAGUGAUAUCCACAUUGACAUUAUGGACUAUAUCCAGCCUGCAACCUGCACUGAUGCUGAAUUCCGUCAGAUGUGGGCUGAAUUUGAAUGGGAAAACAAAGUGACAGUUAACACCAAUAUGGUUGAUUUAAAUGACUAUUUACAGCACAUAUUAAAGUCAACCAACAUGAAGUGCCUCACUCCAGAGAAGGCCCUUUCUGGUUACUGUGGCUUCAUGGCAGCCAACCUUUAUGCUCGUUCUAUAUUUGGAGAAGAUGCACUUGCAAAUGUCAGCAUUGAAAAGCCAAUUCACCAAGGGCCAGAUGCUGCUGUUACUGGCCAUAUAAGAAUUCGUGCAAAGAGUCAGGGAAUGGCCUUAAGUCUUGGAGAUAAAAUCAACUUGUCUCAGAAGAAAACUAGUAUAUAAGAAUAAACAAAAUGUCCUUGAAGCUUUGCAGUUAAAACUUAGGAAUUAAAUUGGUUCUAGCUUAUUGCUGAAGCUGUACUGGGAGGAUUAAUUUUAGAAGAUUCACAAAGCUAUAACCCUGGGCGUGGUGAUGCAUGCUUAUAAUCCCAGCACUCAGGAAGUUGAGGCAGGAGGAUCGCCUUGAGUUCAAGGCCAGCCUGGACCACAUAAUGACUUCAAGGUUACAAGGCCAGCCUGAACUACAGAGCAACACUUGUCGCGAAAAGAAAAAAAAGAAAAGAAAAAGAAAAACCAUUCUAUUUCCAUAUACCUCUAUUCCUCACUGUUUGCCUUUUUGUCGCUUUAUACUAGGACUGAACCUAGUCACAUCUGUUACAAUUCCAUAUGUUUUUGAGCCGAGUUUCCCGGCCUAUUUGUGCUAUUCUUUUGCCUCUUGACUUUGAUGGGGAUGAUUGAGAUAGUCGGAUCUCUUAGCUAAAUGUCAACUUCAACUAUUUGUUUUCCCUCUAGGACUUAGUCUGCAUUUCUUAAGAGUGCAUGGAUAAGGUCUGUGAAGAAAGAAAGCAGUCUCUUCUAUUUAGUGAGAACAGAAUGUUUUGUUUGAUGUCAUGAACUUUGAACCCACUUGCUUUUUAAAUCAGUAAACCAGAGAAUUAUAGGGUAUUUUUAAUUCCAGAACACUGAGGUCUUAAAACUAGUGACUACAAAAUGUGAACUAUGUAAGGAACACAACAAGGGAUCAUUUUGAUGCCUUGAGUCAAGAGGUAGAGGUUUGUGAUGAGAUCAGAGGAACUGGUGCAACUUGUUUGGAAUGGAUCGUUUUCUAUACUCUGUUCCAUUGAACAUUAGUUUUUUGGGGGGGUUUUCUGGUACCAGGGAUCGAACUCGGGUCCUUGCACUUGCGAGGCAAGCAGCGGAACCACUGAGCUAAAUCCCGGGCCCAAUUGAACAUUAGUUUUUAUUAGAUAGUCUGGGAGAAAAACGAUUCCAUAGUAAGUAAACUUGGGACAAGCUAUAUACUGUUCUGUUCUGAGGAUUCACAGUGCACAUUAGCAUACUAAAGAUUCUGAGAGGGCCUUCAGUAAAGAUGAGCUUGGAGCCAGGUAAGGUGACACAUACCUAUAAUCCCAAUACCCUAUAAUCCUAGAUCCUCAGCUGAGGCAGGAGGAUCUCAAGUUCAAGCCUAGCCUAGGCAAUUUAGCAGGACCGUGUAUCAAAAAAAAAAAGAAUCUGUGAAUAUAGUUCAAUGUGAUUACCCCGGUUCAAUACCCAGUACCAAGAAAAAGGGGGAGGGUUAGUUGGUUUAACUCAGAAUACAAGAAUAAUCAUAUUCUAAUCUUGAUCUGGGAAUCUUUCCUUCUUAGGACACCAGUUGAGUUAACAUGAGAUAAUUGUAUUCAUAAUCAACCAGUUUAAAAUCUCAAGGAAUUGUGCCUCUGAAUGUUCUAGAAUAUGUCUGUUACUAAUCUCAAAGUUUCCUGCCUGCCCAACAUUUUCAAGUCAUUUUUCUUGGGAUCAGACAAUUUUGUUUACCUCAUACUGCCAUUUUAAAAAAUUUAUAAAGAAGAAUGAAGAGAAAGAAGUUAAUACAGUUUUCAGAACUUAAUCACAGUUGAAGCUGUUCAUUAGCUUUUCAUUAGCUUUGUGCAUCUAAUGAUUGUGAAUUGAAAUGGAUAUCAGCUCUGUUUAGAGACGUUGCUUAUAUUGCACCCUCUCAGCUUGGAUGUAUAAUAUAUGUUCAUAGAUAGUGGGUGCUCAUGCUGAAAGAUAUCAUAUAAUUAGGACCAUGAUAUCUUUUUUUUUUUGGUACCGGGGAUCAAACUUGGGACCUUGUGCUUUCGAGCCAAGUGGCAGAACUACUGGGCUAAAUCCCUGGCCCCAGACCAUGGUAUCUUUUGAGAGAAUAAACAUACUAUCUACUACCAAGUGAAGUCUUAAUAUAUAAUGUAGUGAAUGAAUAAACUUCAAAUCUUUGUUUUUAAUAUCUGUAAAUCUUAUGUCAAAAUUAAAUGGCCCUAUUUUUCACUGUUGUGACAGUA